AUGGUUCAAAUGGGUCAAACUGACAGCCUGGGAGAUCCAUUGCGUCCUCCAACACAAGCCUACGGUGGUGGUCUUCCUCCUCCGCCUCCCUUACUACUGUUCUACUUGAACCAUCCAAUUCAAUUCGUCCAAGUCGUCGGCGUGGUCGUGGUGUUUGAGGAUUUCUUUGAAAAGUUUUGGUUGUUCACUGUCGACGAUGGGAGUGGUGCGACCAUUGAUGUGACGUGCAGCAAACCGGAAAAGGAAAAACAAACCCACAAUCUGCCGCUGCGCUCGUCCUACAAUGCACCCUCUAACAAUAACAACAAGUCUGCUGGUGCGGGCAUGGAAGACAAGCCUAAGACCACUAUCACAUCUGCCAGUACUGCGACAGAAAUAGAAGGAGCAGCACGCAACGACAAAGACAACGCUAAUGCCGACGCCGAACAACUCCUCCUUCAAGCAACCCUAUCCAAACUCCACGUCGGCGCCGUCGUCCAGGCCAAAGGCACCCUCUCGACCUUCCGCUCCGUGCGCCAACUGACACUGCUCCGUUUGACCGUGCUCCCGGACACUGCGCACGAGAUGGCCUUGAUCUCGUCACGCACCGGCUUUUGCAGAUCCACUUUAUCCAAGCCUUGGGUCUUGUCGGCCGACGAGCUGAAGAGCCUGGCUCGCGAAGCACAAGACGAAAAAGACCAGGAUCAACGCCGCGCUGCGAGACGGAGGGAGAGGCUGAAAAGACUCGAGCAGAGAGAGCAAAGACAUGCCAAACACAUACGGGAGCAGUAUGAAGCCGAUGAAAAGCGGAGAAUGAAAGCCGCCAACGCUGCGCGGAGGGCGGGUGAGAUCUUGCAACAUGGCCCUACUACGAAGUAG